AUGGAGAAGGGAACCGGCGGUGUCACCCGCGAACCGGUCGGCCUGGCCGUCACCGAGGACGUCUCCAAGAUCGAGGCCCCCGUCACCUGGAAGGCCUACGUGAUUUGCGCCUUCGCCUCCUUUGGAGGUAUCUUCUUCGGAUAUGACUCCGGAUACAUCAACGGUGUCAUUGGUAACACUGCCUUCAUCCGCAAGGUCGAGGGCAACGACACAGCCACUGCCAUGAACGAAUCCGACCAAUCUCUCAUCGUCUCCAUUCUCUCCUGCGGUACCUUCUUCGGCGCUCUCAUUGCUGGUGAUGUCGCCGACUGGAUUGGUCGCAAGUACACUGUCAUCUUCGGCUGCUUCAUCUACAUGAUCGGUGUUGUCAUCCAGAUGCUUACCGGUAUUGGCGCUCCUCUUGGUCCCAUCGUCGCUGGUCGUCUCAUUGCCGGUCUUGGUGUCGGUUUCGAGUCUGCCAUUGUCAUUCUGUACAUGUCUGAGAUUUGCCCCAAGAAGGUUCGCGGUGCCCUCGUCGCCGGCUACCAAUUCUGCAUCACCAUCGGUCUCUUGCUCGCUGCUUGCGUCGUCUACGCGACCAAGGACCGCCAGGAUACUGGUGCCUACCGCAUUCCCAUCGCCAUCCAGUUCCCCUGGGCCCUCAUCCUCGGUGGCGGUCUGCUCCUCCUUCCCGACUCCCCCAGAUACUUCGUCAAGAAGGGCCGCCUCGCGGAUGCCACCGAGUCUCUCUCUCGCCUUCGUGGCCAGCCCAAGGACUCUCAGUACAUCCAGGUCGAGCUUGCCGAGAUCGUCGCCAACGAGGAGUACGAGCGCCAGCUCAUUCCCUCCACCACCUGGUUCGGCUCUUGGGCCAACUGCUUCAGCGGUGGUCUCUGGAAGUCCAACUCCAACCUGCGCAAGACCAUUCUCGGUACUUCUCUGCAGAUGAUGCAGCAGUGGACUGGUGUCAACUUCAUCUUCUACUACUCUACCCCCUUCCUCCAGUCUACCGGCGCUAUUGACAACACCUUCCUGAUCUCCCUGGUCUUCACCCUCGUCAACGUCUGCUCCACCCCUCUGUCUUUCUGGACCGUCGAGCGAUUCGGUCGCCGCACCAUCCUCCUCUGGGGUGCCGCCGGUAUGUUGAUUUGCCAGUACCUCGUCGCCAUCAUCGGUGUCACUGUCGGCUUCAACCACACCCACCCCGACCCCGCCGACGCCACCAAGUCCAUCGCCAACAACAUCCCCGCCGUCAACGCCCAGAUCGCCUUCAUCGCCAUCUUCAUCUUCUGGUUCGCCUCCACCUGGGGCCCCGGUGCCUGGAUUCUCAUCGGCGAGGUCUUCCCCCUGCCCAUCCGCUCCCGUGGUGUCGCCCUGUCCACCGCCUCCAACUGGCUCUGGAACACCAUCAUCGCCGUCAUCACCCCCUACAUGGUCGGUGAGAAGCGCGGCAACCUCAAGUCCUCCGUCUUCUUCGUCUGGGGCUCCCUCUGCACCUGCGCCCUCAUCUACACUUACUUCCUGGUUCCCGAGACCAAGGGUCUGUCUCUCGAGCAGGUCGACAAGAUGAUGGAGGAGACCACCCCCCGUACCUCCGCCAAGUGGGUUCCCCACGAGACCUUCGCCGCCCAGGUCGCUAAGGACGGCGUCCUCGAGAAGGUCCACGGCGAGCAGAUCGAGCGCCGCGGCUCCAACGUCUAA